UUGUUGAGUCAUUCAACUACUUACUGUUUGAGAACAGUGAUGAAAACUGACGAUAAAUUUUCGGCCAACUUAAAGUCCAUCGCGAUGGUUUUAUUUAGACAAGUAGUGUACUCGUACUAAUUUAACCUUCCGCAUUGGAAUACUCAUCCUUCUAGCUUUCACAAUUCAAGUCUCGAUAAAUGUGGAAUCGCGAUUUGCAGAUCUGGAGAUUUUCUUUUUUCGAACCGAUUUCAGUUUGCGGUGUUCAUUUCUGUUUGGUUAAAUAAAUUUAAAUAUAAACGCGAAAGCAUUGUUUUGAUUUCUGGAUGAUCGUUAAUCUGAACUCGCAUUGCAAAUUGCAAGUGAAAUCAUCUUCUGUGACAAAUUCACUGCGAUACUGUGUAAAAUGACGGAGAAGCAGUACAAGACCAAAUUGCACUAUGUGAUGGUCAACAAUACAACGGCGCAUGCGGGAGCAACGAAACGUGAGCCCCCCAUUAUAACCUACAGCGAGUAUGUUACGCGCAACAACACUUCAUCCAACGGGAAAGUUACCAGCACCCAGGUGCAUGCUAAACCCACGGAGAUUGUGCGGAGACACGAGCGGAUAGCGGAUAUUCCGGUGCAGCCGCCGCUGGAUAUCAAUGGCACCACUGAUUACACCCAGAUUGCCGCUAAACUGAUCAAGAAAUUUGCCAAUAACGCCAAAUUACCGGCCGGAUGUCUGUACUCGUCCAGCUCCGAUGUGAAAGUGGCGAAAGGCGCCGAUCUGGUCGAUGGCGGAGCCAGCCAGCGACCUGUUGCCCGUCUGGAGUAUGAAAAACGAUCAGCGGCCGGGGAUGUCGGUCCGACUGCGGCGGCGACCAAUGGGAAUCUUCGCAAACCUGUUCCGAUUGUCAGUGCGCCGUUGUUGGCGCCUAAAACCAUACCGUUUGGCCACGUAGGAGGGUCAUCUCGACGCGGGUACACAAUUAACAAGAGAACGUUUGAGCAGUUAAGAGACGACUGUUUUCGGAAUGGCAAACUGUUCGAAGAUCCGGAUUUCCCGGCAACUGACCGUAGUGUUUUCCCGACUCAGCGUUAUAAUCGCCAUUUUGAAUGGAAGCGACCAACGGAAUUGGCGAAAAAUCCGCAGCUUAUUGUGGAUGGAGCAAAACGAUUUGAUAUUGUUCAAGGAGAAUUAGGAAAUUGUUGGCUGCUGGCGGCUGUAGCAGAUUUAACGUUGAAUGAGAAACUUUUGGAAAGGGUUGUGCCGCUUGACCAGGGUUUCUCCAAAGCAGAGAAAUACUGUGGAAUAUUUCAUUUCCGGUUCUGGCAAUAUGGACAGUGGGUCGAUGUGGUCAUUGACGACCGACUUCCAACCGUUAAUGGACGCUUGAUGUUCAUGCAAUCUCGCGAUACAAAUGAAUUCUGGACUGCUUUGCUAGAAAAGGCUUAUGCGAAAGUGAACGGAUCAUACGAGAAUCUGCGCGGUGGCACCGAUAGCGAAGCUAUGGAGGAUUUCACCGGAGGAUUGGCGGAAAAUUACGCUCUCAAGACCGCCCCGCAAAAUUUAUUUCUGAUUAUCCAACGCUCGUUUGAAUUAGGAGCUUUGAUGUCGUGUUCGAUUGAAGCCACUACCGCACAAAUCGAAAGCCGUUUGCCGAAUGGCUUGGUCAUGGGUCAUGCAUACAGCGUUACAGAUGUCAAACUGAUCGAUGUUCACACAUCAAAGCCGGGAAAAAUUCCCUGCUUACGUUUGCGCAACCCUUGGGGCGAAUCGGAGUGGAAAGGUGCCUUUAGCGAUGGAUCGGCUGAAUGGAAAUACGUUCCAGAAAGAGUUAGAAAGCAGCUGGAAGUAUCAUUCGCCGAAGAUGGAGAAUUCUGGAUUCCAUACAGCGACUUGAUGCAGCAGUUUAGCAAAUUUGAAAUCUGUAAUUUGGGUCCGGAAACGAUGGUGGCGGCGGAUGGAAGUUUUGCGCGGAAGCAUGCGGUCCGAUGGGAAGCAAACGUCUUCUCCGGCUCGUGGACUCGGGGAGUGUCAGCUGGUGGCUGCCGGAAUUAUCUCACGUCAUUUCAUUUGAAUCCACAAUAUCGUAUCACUUUACGAGAAGCCGACGGACCGGACGGCUUGGCCACCUGUAUUGUGGCUUUGAUGCAGAAAGAGCGGCGAAAACUGCGAUCUCAAGGACUAGAUUUGCUCACAGUUGGAUUUGCGAUUUAUAAUUUGCCAAAGAAAGCUCCGAUUCCACUUAACACCGAGUUUUUCCGCUACAAUGCGUCGGUGGCCCGAGCACCGGCCUUCGUGAAUUCCCGGCAGGUGACCACGCGGUUUCGCCUGCCGCCGGGAGAUUACUGCAUCAUUCCAUCCACCUUCGAGCCGCACGAAGAAGGCGACUUUCUCCUGCGAGUUUAUAGUGAAAUUCCCAUUGAAAUGCGAGAGCAUGACAAUUCGCCCAGGGAAAUUGCCAGCGUUGUCCUUAAGGAUGUUCCAGUUAUUUCGCAGAGUGAAAUGGACAAAGAAACCGAGCUUGUCAAGCUCUUCCAUGACAUCGCCGGCAAAGAGCAGGAGAUCGAUGUUAAUGAAUUGGCUGCGGUUCUCCGCAAAGGCUUGAAAACCCACUUUGAUUUCAAAGGCUUUAGCCCUGAAAUUGUCCGAAGCAUGGUUACAAUGUCGGAUGUGGACUUCUCCGGAAAACUCGGUCUAGACGAGUUUAUGGGUUUAUGGGAGACUAUUAAACAGUGGAAGGAUAUUUUUGCCCGGUACGAUACGAAAAAUGAGGGAAAAAUUCAGAUGGAAAAUCUCCGGGAAGCCAUGGAAAGCGCCGGUUACCUGGUGAACAGCCAUGUCUUAAGAGUUAUUGCACUGCGUUAUGGACAGUCUGAUCGUACUAUCACUUUUGAAGAUUUUAUCCUGUGUGUUGUGCGACUGAGGAGGAUGAUAAGUAUCUUCCGAACCAAAGACGAGUUAGGGUUGAAUUCCGCUAUAUUUUCGUUUGAUGAUUGGCUUUUGAACACAAUGUACACAUAACUGUCUUGUCAACUAUUUAAGUGCUUUUAAUUGUGUAGUUGUUUUUUAUCUGGUGUAUUCUAUCCCGGUGGAUUUCCGGUGACGUUUCACAGUUUUUGGCUGAAAGCCCUGUCUGUGGCUGGUUGCCGUGUUUUGGCUGUAUAGAUAAUGGGCACAUUCGUGCAUAGAAUUGCACAGAAUUGCAUUGAAUCUUUGGGAUAUUUAAGAGAACAUUUAAAUACGUAAACAAACUUGCUCGAGUUGAUAAUAAAAUUGACCAUAA